GAAAUUGUAUAUACAUGUAUGUACUGUAUAAUGGGGUAGUUGUUGAAUGAAUAUUAUAGUUGAAAAAAAUUCCCCAAACAUACCUGGCGUCCUAAAAAGAAUGGCUGGCGCCUCCAACAUACAUGUACAGAGGUGUGAGCCAUGUAAUCGAGAUGGAGAAAAUCAAAAAGCAGUUUCGUGUUGUAGCGACUGCAUUGAAUAUCUCUGUGUGGAGUGCGCGAAAUUUCACCGUAAAGGGAAAAUAACAGCGAACCACAAGACAAUCUCAAUCCUUGAAGCUGAAAAAGUAGAUUCAUCGAUUUUAGACAUUCCAGAAAUUUGUAAUAUCCACGAGGAUCAGAAACUUUCAUUCUUUUGUGUACAACAUGAUACAAUCUGUUGCGCUUUUUGUCUUCGAGAAUUGCAUAGCGCAUGCAAAGAUGUCAGGUCAAUGGAAAAAGCAUCAAAAGGCGUGAGAACGGGAACAUCGAUAGAGGAUUUAAAACGGCGAAUGUCAGAUUUUUCGCUUAUAAUAGGUAGAAUAGUCGAGGCUUACAAGAACAAUUUGAGUUUAGUAUCUGUCCAGAAAGACGAAUGUAAAGAAAAGUUAAGAAAUAUUCGAAAGGAACUUAUCGGGUUCUUAGAUGAACUGGAACAGGUAAUCGAUAAAAAAGUAGAUGUCCUUGAUAAAGAAUGCAAAGACCAAAUUGAACAGAAUAUUAAAGAUCUGACAACAAGAAAAAUUAAAUCGGAGACCUGGCAAACCGCUAUUAAAACGCUUGCAGAGCAUGCUUCCGAAACAAGAAUUCUCGCAGCCGUUAAGACGCUAGAUCUUUUACAAGGUGAGGAGGAAGCUUUCUUAGAUAAAUUUCAGGAGAAAUUAACAGCAUACGAAAUUCGGUCGUCUUCAUAUGACUUCAUAGGAAAGAUUAAACCAAUUUUAGCUAAAAUAUCUGGAAUAAAAAUAGAAAAGAGUAAAACUACAGUUCCAGGACCACUAAAUGGUCAGCAAGAUCACACCUAUCAUUUUCAACAAGGAAAAGUCCUUCUUGAUCAGAAGAUCAGUUGUUCUCAGCUCAAAAUUACAAGAAUUUACUCUGCUUGUUUCACUUUAGAUAAUCGCAUAGUAUUUUCAUGCCACUUUUUGAUAAGUAUGUAUGACAUUGCCAGCGCCAGUGUUCAAUCAACACAAGUGAAAUAUUGCCCUUUAGACAUAACUUGUGAUUUGAAAAAUGAUAUUUAUGCAUCUUUUCCCGCCGUAGGCCUCUGCAAAAUUAAUAAAGAGAACUUCACAGAGGACCCUUGGUUUACCCAGACAAGCGGCUGUUUCAAUUGUGUCAAGGUUAACAAUGACACGAUUUAUUCAAAUACCAACUCUCGGGAAGUUAUUGUCUUAAAUGAAGAUCAAACAAUUGUUAAGUCUUUAAAAACUAAAAUUAAGCUGGAGUUUAUGUGCAUGGAAGGCCAUAAUGGAAUAUUUAUUUCUGAUGGCAAAUCAAUUAAACAUAUGACUGAAAGUGGCUCAAUAAGUCGUAUUCCCUACACUCUGAAAAGAGACAAUGAGAUCACAGGACUAGACGUCGAUGAGAAGGGGCAAUUAUAUGCAUGUACUUCCAACAAAGAAGUAGGUUCCAUUGUACGAAUAAACACGACUACAGGAUACAAGGAACCAGUUUUAGAAAAUCUUGUAACCCCACGUGAUAUCGCUUUCCAUCCGACUAAGAAUAAGUUUCUUGUUAUGACUGAUCACGGAAAGGAAUGUUCAGUUUAUGAAGUCACUAACUAACAUGAAAUUUUAACUUAUUGUUUCAUGAUAGAACUGACGGUUGCAAUGCCGGGACUUUGUUUUAGCUAACUAUACGGUAUAUGUUUUGCUCAUUGUUGAAGGCAGUAUUGUAAAAUUUAGUUGCUUACAUUCAUUUCGUUUGGACACUGAUGGUUAGUUGCACGCGGCCAUUUCCUUUCCCUUUUGUACACAAACUGAUUUUGUGGGGACAGAAUAUUUAUUUUGUUGUAGUCUUGGUCUUGGGCAAGAUCAUUUUUCCAAAUUCUUACAAGGCCAUUUAUAUUUAUUUAGACAGUUAAGUUAGGUCUUACCAUUUAUUUUUUGUAAAACAAUUUUUCCUCGGGUUUUUGAUGUUGAAAUAGGAACGCAAGGAAACCAUUAUAAUCAUUUCCCAACCCCGGGUCCCUUGAUAAAGUAUGUGUGCAUACACUAAUUUAUAUAGAAUAUAGAAAACCAAUCGAUCAUAUUAAUCUCCCAUGCGUUUAACAAAAUUGCACAUAAUCAAUACUUUGAUUUGUUGCUGAAAUCUCUAUAAUCAAAUUUUGAUAUUGAAUUUGCUUUCGAUCGAUUGUACAAAGGAGAGUUGAUUCAAAACAAUAUAAAGGAAUAAAGUUUUAAUUUUACAUGAGUAUCGUUGGGUUGCUGUCUCAUUGACGUUUAUUUAGUUGUUCUUCAAGUUGUCUUUGUAUUUUUGUUAUAGACAGUCACUAGGGAUCAAAAUUCGUAUAUCCAGUUUUAACAGAGAUUGACUGUUAUUAUAUUAAACGAAUCCUACUAGCUUGUCAUCACCUAUUUUUAUAUUAAACGUAUCCAACCAG